AUGUCACCCACCACUCUCCCACCCAACAUUCUUACUCAAAUUUUAUCCCAUCUUCUUCCUCCUCGACCAACCGAUAUCCCUCUUUCUCUCUUAUCUCAUUCAUUACUCCAACGUCUAUCAUUCUUACCUCCUCAAGAAGAAGAUACGAACUCUUGGUUAUCACCUUAUCCCCCCACGACCAUAUCGACCAGUGACCGAUUAGAGAGGUUGUAUUUGGUUGGUGCUCACGUUAGCGAGGUGGGAUAUGGUACGGAUGGAGAGAGGGCAUUAGCGAGAGUGUUGUUAUUUCCUCAAGGAUCGAUAACUGAUUCUUAUACAUCAUCUCUUGCUUACCCCAACACUCGUGGGAAUGAAUCGAUCAACGCAAAUAUUUAUCAAGAUGAGAAAAAGGACAUGACUCAUGGAGAAAUAGAGGAGAAGAAGGAGAGUGAGAUGGAAGAAGGUGUGGAGGUUAUUUUCUCUUUCGAAUCUUCAAUAACUCAACCACACGAUUUAUCUAUUGAUAUCAAGAAACAAGAGGAUAACUCAUGGAGAUUUCACGCUGCAUUAUCAUAUCCUUCCUCUCAUACUUCUUCCCUGACAUGGGGUCUUAUUCCUAUUCUCCCUUCUGAACAUCCUUCUGCCCACUCACAACAUCCCUCUUUCGACCAACAUCAUCCCUCUUUCGACACCCCAUAUUCCUCUUCUGAUCCAGACCAUCCUUCUUCCACCACACAAAAUCUCUUUUCAAACCCAUAUCAACCCUCUUCCGAUACGCAUUACACAAACCAAAAUCACCCCAACACACAAUCAUCUUCUUCAGACCCCACUUCCCCCAAUAGUCUACGUCCUUCCAACUCGGACCCAUUCCAAUAUGACACCUACCGUUCUCCUGAGGAUUCCGAAUAUACCGAUCAAGCUCCAGAAGGUUAUUGGCCUCCUUCUCCAACUCUGUCUCAUAAUCAUGAUCACGAUCCCACCAUUCAAGCCGAUGUCGAGAGGUUAGUUUUGGAUGAUGAUGAGGCGAAUGAGGCAGCUUAUUGGGCUUCUUAUGUCCAAGCUUCACAAUCGAGGAAUGAUCAAUCGGACAUGAUGAUGACGCCUGUAAUGAAGAAUGAUGUUCUUACUCAAGAGAUGGGAUCGAGUCAUAGUGUGAUGAAUGAUGAUCUUACUCCGAGAAUGAGAUUCGAUCAGAGUAUAACGAGUGACGUUCUUCCCCGGGAAAUGGACUUGCCUCAUGGUCAAGGGAAAGGGAUGGGAUCGAGCGGGAUUGAAGAAGGAUACGUGAGGAUGGAAUUGGAGAAGCAAGGAGACCAAAAAUCAGAACUACGAAUAAAGAUGGAGAAGAAACUUUUGGAAAUACUUGUUUCUCUUUGGAACCAAUGGUGUGGUCCAAAUCCGACGUCGGAAAGAAUGCAAGAAAAGGCUUUGGAGUGGGUACGUUUGUCCAAAGAAAUCAGUCAGGAUAGAAGAUUAUCUCUGGUUGGGACUGGUGGUGGAGAGCAAGCUGAGCAGAUGAAAGGAUUUCAAGGACAUGUAGAAGAUAAUGGAGAAUUCGAACGAGGUGGACAAGGUGAACAGGAUGAAUUACAUGAAGAUGAAGUAAAGGGGAAUUCUUCUUUGAGGGAAGGGGAAGAAACAUGUGAAAAAGCUAUUCUUCGUGGACAAUUGAUUGUUUUAUCAGAAGUAUAUUCUUGUCUAGGGGAUGAUUUCCCUCAUCUUGUAGAAAGUGUCAUCACUCUGGCACCUGGUUAA